AUGGAGUUGAUUGAGAAUCAGCCUGGAAAGAAUGCGCCGGCAAAAUCAACGCAAUCCCAGAUUCCUUCUCUUCCUACCAGGUCUCCUACUCUUGCUCCUCACCAACCUUCUCAUCAACCUCCCCAGCUAGUCAGAACUGAUGCUGCCGAGUUAAAAAGGCGCAGAGAGCAAAAGGGGAAGGAUGUGGUGGAUGCUGGCAAGUCCCGUCCGACCCGGGAGGAGGAUGCCCAGCGAGCUACAAAGCAGCAAAAAACUAGCCACCCGGCUCAGCGAGGCCAGGAGAGGUCUAACAUUCAACUUCCUGAGCCACAAGCAUGGUUGCCAGCACCCAUGCACGGUGGGGAGCCUCUACGAGAUGAUGCAUCUAUUAGGGACUUCAAUGGUGGCUUUGGGUUUCACAUGGCCUCGGCUAUAGAGGAGGCUUUGUUACUCCCAAGAGACAUGGCCAAAAUAAAAAAUGUAAGGAAUAAUGAACUCAUCCUCAAUAAUAAAAGAUAUUUGGGAAUGAUUAUCCAAAACACUUUUAAGCUGGAUGAGAUACUCAAUAGCUGCUACAAUCAGCUAGAGGAUGAAAGGAAGAAACAGGCGAUGGCUGUACAAACUUUGACAACAUCCGAGCAAGACUUGGCUGCUGCGAAGAAGAAAUUACUUGUUGAGGAGCAAGCUUGCAAGAGCACUGACUCAGCCUUGGAAGGCUUUCAAAAGCAAGCCGAGGACCAGGAAAAGCGCUUACGUGAAGCAAAUGCAGAACUAAAAGCUACCUGGGAGCAAGUUGCAGUCCUUAAGAAGCACUUGGAGGAAACCCAAAAGCUGAGGGAGCAAGCUGAAAAGUCCAGGGAGGAAGCUGAGAGAGCAAAGGCUGAGGUUGAACAGGCAAUGAAUGAGGCUGAACAGAAAGGCUAUGAAAUCGGUGUGGCUGAGAUGGAGGAGACACUAAGAGCAGAGGUGCCAAUGUUGAGGAAGCCAGAGAACGUGUUCUACCCUGAAGCAAUCUACACCUCAGCUUCUCCAUCCAGUCAAGCUGAAGACACUCUCUCAACCAUUAAUCCUAAUGAGGAGGUUUUGCCUCCAAGUCUUCCUUCUCCUGGCCAACUAAAACCAGCUAAAGGGAAUAAUGCCCCUCCAGAAUCCUCCUUGGACAAGACUGCAGUUGCUUCUGAAGCAGAGGUGGCCUCUCAGGGCUUUCAACAGGAUUUGACUUCCACAGUCAUGCCAGCUGGGGGAGCUACUAAGGAUAAAGAGGGAGUCACUACCUCGGAGGCAGAUAAAUCAGCCAACCAAGCUCCAAAGCUCCAAAUUAAGUUGAAAAAAUAG